UGGAAGAAUAUAAGUGAAAUCAAGGGUUCUAUUGAGAAACAAGAAGCUUGUGAUAAAUUGUUUAAAAACGAAGAGGAGGAGUAUAGUCUCUAUGAAGCGCUGAAAUUUUUAAUGCUUAACACUGCCAUCGAAUUAUACAACGAUGAUAAAAAUGGAAGGAGAGUUCCUGUCUUCUCAUGGUUACUGUUUGCACGGGAUACAUCUAGCAACCCUUGUCAGUUAAUGCGUAAUCACUUGAAUCACAUUGGUCACAGUGGAGGCCUUGAACAGGUGGAAAUGUUUCUCCUUGCUUACGCUCUGCAGUAUACCAUCCAAGUGUAUCGACUGUAUAAAUAUAAUACUGAUGAAUUCAUCACAUCUUAUCCCAAUGACCCAGAGGAGGACUGGCCUGUGGUGACUCUCAUAACUGAAGAUGACAGACAUUAUAAUAUUCCAGUCAGAAUGUGCCAAGAGACUAUGCUGUAA